CGCACUCACGUCGACGAUUCACCUUCUGCUCUCACCCGGUAAGCGGGUUUUGAGAGCAUUGUCUUUUCUGGCUGUGGCUUGCUGCGUUUCGCCAUCUCUUGAAUACAAUCUAGAGCGACAUACAACGGUGACAGGACGAAGCCGUGUCCACCCAAACCUACGAAAUGGUUCAGACGUAUGGGACGGCGGCCACCGGCCGUAGCGACGCUGAGCCGCGCAUGAGUCUAGACGAGCGCGAAGCAUUGCUGGGAGACGGCGCGACAGCAAAAACGCCGAAGAAGGAGGGCCUUGCUACAUUACAUAGCUCCGUGGGGAACCUUGCGAAUACUAUUAUUGGUAGUGGUAUGCUCACAUUCCCUCUGGCACUUGGAUCUUCCGGUAUCAUCCCAGGAAUGUUAACAUGUCUAUUCUCCGGUUCCGUCGCGGCAUUUGGGUUGUAUCUUCUCUCGCUAUGUGCUGUCAAGGCUCCGCACAGGCGUGCAUCCUUCUUCGCCAUCGCAGAAAUAACAUUCCCAAAAGCCGCGGUAUUCUUCGAUGCGGCCAUUGCGAUCAAGUGCUUCGGUGUAUCUAUCAGCUACCUUAUCAUUGUGAAGUCGCUUAUGCCGAACGUCGUAGCAGCGCUUUAUCACGACCUCACGUCCCCUGACACCAACCCUCCAGAUUGGGCUCUCUCUGGGCGUAACUGGAUCUGUGUCCUCAUGCUUGUCCUUGUUCCGCUCGCGUUUCUUCGUAACUUACACAGUUUGAGACAUACAAGCUACAUUGCUUUGUUCUCUGUGGCUUAUCUAGUCGUGGUGGUAGUCGUGUGCUACUUCCGACCUCUGCCAGGUACACCGGAGCGCGGAGAGAUCCAUCUCAUCAAAUUCACCCCGAACUUUGUGUCGACCUUCCCUGUCCAAGUCUUCGCCUACACGUGUUCUCAAAAUCUCUUCCCUAUCUUCAACGAGAUUAACAUGAACACUCAGAAGCGGAUGAACAUUGUCAUCGGUACAUCGAUCGGUGGUGCCGCUCUCAUCUAUGAAAUUAUAGCAAUCUUUGGAUAUCUCACAUUCGGUUCCAAGGUCGGCGCCAACAUUAUUGCCAUGUAUCCGUCCACCUCGCUAUUUAUUGCAGUGGGGCAGCUGGCGAUCGCCAUUCUUGUCCUGUUUUCGUACCCAUUGCAAGUGCACCCGUGCCGAAACUGUCUGGACAAAGUCUUCCAUGCAGGCCAUGUCUCGCCACGCAAGACAAGCGGCGAUGAAGACACGGAGGACGCUGAAAUAGAAGACGAGCACGGCGGCAGUUCGGAUAUGGGCCCGCUUAAGCACACUGUACUUACGAUAGCCAUCAUUGUGAGCGGUUUCACGGUCGCUUAUUUUGUAGACGAUCUCCAAAUGGUGCUUUCCUUUGUGGGUUCCACUGGGUCGACUACAAUCUCGUUCAUCUUACCGGGUCUUUUCUACUGGAAGUUGACGCGCAACGAUCCCGAGGCGUCGAGGGGAUUGAAUAGAGCUGCGCUAGCGCUGGCUGUGUACGGUGUUCUCGUAUGCAUAUUCUGGUAAGCAAACAGACGCAUGCGU